AUGGCCACGCUGAGCUGUGGUGCCCUCGACAUCGCGUUUGGCUCUUCAGAGGUCGCGACGGUUGCAACAUUUUCUCGUCAUCAGAAUACAAAUGUAAUGGAAGAAUCAGAUCCAACCCAGCGGGUACAGACCCCAGACUACCCCAAGGUCCGGGGCCGCAAAGGUUCCGGCAAAGCCACGAGAGAGCCAUGA